UCCAAAAAAAUGUAGCAGUAGUAAGUUUUACUUACGAGACAAAAAUCCAAAGUAAGGAGGUCGUCUAUUGUUUUAUCUUUUUUUCUUUUAAGAAUUACUAUGGAGACGACAGUUGAGACAGAUUUCAUGCCACCAAAUCCCCCUAGUAGCCCUCAGCAAGGUAGAAGCCCUAAGGGGUCAUACAUAGGCUUAGCAGUGGAGCCACAGACCCACCCACAAAAUAUACCACCAUCAAUUUCAGAAGUUUUACUUGAAAAGCAGAGAAAUUCUGUUUCAAGCGUAAGUACAGUAAGGUCUAUAGUGAGUAGAAGCAGGGACUCCCUGGCUUCAGAUGGACCAAUUAAAAGCCAGCAAGUUGAGCAGAGUACCCUAUCCACAUAUGACAGCAUGAAUGAUGAGUCUGAUCUCAAUAGCGCCCUCUAUGAUAGUAUCAGGAAUGCAGUUGAAACAUUGAAUAGUAACAGUAAAGAGGUAAUAUAGAGCAUCUUUUAUCUUUUUAUGUAAAUUUGUUUGUAUUUUGUUUUACCAAUAUUGUGGGGUCAAACUAAAUUGAAAGAGCAUCACUAAAAAAAGCAGUAAAAAAAAAAAAGAAAACAUCAAAAAUGUCUUUGAAUGGCUACAUGCUUAAAAUCUGUGAUUAUAGUAAAUAACAUAGAGAUGACAAUCAAACAAAAAAUAAAAUGCAUGUUUUGAACAACUAGGUUUGGACAGUUGCCACUGGCCAUCGUCAAUACAACGUUGCUCACCUCUGCCCCAACUUGCACUGAGGAGGUGAAAACUCGUGCCUGCCUUGUAUGACAUGUAUUGGGUAUUGUCAUAUGGUUUAUGAGUUCUUCAAAUGUUUCUUCAUACUGAACUGUCAUGAGCUUCUUCAUUGUUUGUUGCAUAUUACACAACAAUACCUUGAGAGAAAUAAAAAUGUGAAUGGGAAAAUCCAAAGGAGAAUACUACAAUUGGUAGAGUAUUCAAAUUAGAAUCAGAGGGUGUUGGGUUUGAUUCGUGAUGGGGAAAAAAUACAUUUUAUCUAAAAAAAAUUUGCACAUGAAACAAAUUGCCUGAAAUUUUGCUAUGACAAAAUGAAUAUAAACAACUAUAAUGUGAUGUUGAAUAAAUUAUGGCAUCAUACUCAAAAUUGAUAUGCAAUAGACCGAAUCAGUGCCUCCAACUAUUACUGGUCAUGUGACGUAUAGUGGGUACUAAAUGUAAAUAGCCAUAUCGUAAUCCACAGUGUGCUCAGUUUAAACACAGUAUAUUGAAAGAGUUAUGAUGUUUUUUAGACAGCGACCCAAAAU